GUGCUUUAAUAUUUACUACUGGGGAUUGUAGGGAAAGUGAAUAGAAACAUAACGGGUACCUAGGAUCUUUAGAGCCCUGAGCAAAUGUCCCCUUUGUCCUGUUAAUAAACCGUCUCUGUUCAUAAGGAAAAGGGCAGAGUUGCUUUAUGCAAAAAAAAAAAAGGAGGAGCAAAUGCAUCAUCGGCUCACUCUGCAGUGAACAGGAAUCCUGCAGUGUUUAGUAGCCGGAAUCAUAAAGCAGAGUGCCUGUGGCAGAGCUGAGCAAGGCGUGAGGUUGCUGCAGUCAUGGCUUCUCAGGUACUGCAGAUACUCCGGCAGGGUGUUUGGGCAGCACUCACUGGAGGAUGGUACCAUGAUCCAGAGUCAAGUCAGUUUAAUAACACCUGCCAUCUAUAUUUGUGGAUUAUUCUUCUUGUAUUACCUCUCGGGAUGUAUUUGGGAUUACCUCCAACUGUAUUCACAUUAUGCCUGUAUUGUGGUUUUACAACAGUGUUCUUUGCAGCAAUAAAAUGUGCAAUAUAUCGAUUACAUCUCAUGUUUGAUGAAGGAAUUGAGAUCAAUCUUAAAAAAAAGAGAAAAACUGCAAAAUCAAAAGAAAAAGAGAUUAGCAGCACUAACAUUACAAUUAAUCACACCCUAUUAAGCAACAAUACAGAAAAUGCUCAAGGUGGUGGUGGCAUCAGACACAACAUCGCUCUAUCUACUCACAGUAGUGCUAACUGGCAAGAAAUUAGUUGCUGUAGUUCUUCUGGUUCUGUGGUUCACCAAUAUCUUGGAAGUCUCCAGCACCUGAAAGACAAAGCAGAUAAUACAGUUAAAAAUACACAGGAUGGAAAUAUUGAUCAAGAAUUAUGUAUACAUCCUUCGACUCAGGAAUUGUCCCACAACGCUCAUUCAAUAUAUAAUAUUGUGGAAUCUAGCAUGCCAUCUGAGACACAGUUGGUUAUUAACAAUGAAAAUUCAAGCCAAGCAAAUUGCAGUGGAGAAAAGCAUUUUAAAAGAAUAAAUGAAAAACAUCUCAAUGUAAAAUUUUCAAAGAGUAAUUUAAAAGCAGAAAAUGGAUAUGAUAAACAUAGGGAAAACCCUGUUAAAGUACAUGUGAUGGAAGAUGUGGUUGAAUCUGAUAUGUGUGCCAAAUUUCCACGACCUAUGCUAAAUGUGCAGGAGCCAAUAAAAAUAUUAAUAACAAUGAAUAAUGAUUUGAAUAUGAUGAGUGGCAUAAAAAGGUCUGUCAGUUUAAAUGAUUUAAGGAAAGAUACUGUUUUCAGUUUUGAUAUUGGAAUGAAACAAGGAGAUAAAGAAUUCACUGAAAAAGACAAUGCAAAACUCAAAUCCGGCUGUUUAAACAUAAACACAUCUUGUAGUCCAUGCUCUGGCUAUGAAUCAAGCAACCUGGACUGUUCAAAUAUUGUUAAUUCAAAUAAGGGUGUAUCAAAGGUUAUAACCAGAGAUUUUGACAUUAAUAUUACAAUUGAGAGUAAAGUGACUUUGUGCACAGACCUUAAAAAGAAUCCUCAUGAAUGUGUCUCUCAAACUGCUAUUGAAAAGCAACAUACAAGAGUCCUAAGUCUGGACAGUGGAACUGAUGACAUUAAGAACAGCAGAGACCUUUUUUAUGAUAAGCCUAAACCAUUACCAUCAUCAAAAUCAGACUUAGAAGUGAAGGAAGAUCAAUUUCCUAAUGAAUCCAAUGUAUCAGAAUUUACAACAUUACUGGAAUCCAUCAACAUUGCUAAAGCACCACCAUCCAACUUCAGAAAAGAGCAUAAAGCAGCAAAAGGAGAUGGAUGUUUAGAGGAUGUUACAUUUGUAUGUUUGAAAGAUACUUCAAUGGAUGAAGAUGUCAGAAUUACAGAAGAAGAUAAAUGUGACCCAUUUCCUGAACAAAGAUUACCAUCAGAGAAAUGUAGAGACAGCAUGAACCAAGAUCUCCAAUACUCCAGGCAUCCAGAUCAGAGCAGUAAACCAAGGAAGAUUACCUAUCAAGUAACCCAUGCAUAUACUUCACAGGAAGAUAGUUCUGUUUUGCAAAUUAUAAGUGGAUCAGAGGCCUCCAUACGACAUGACAAAAAUAUAGAAGCAAUGCAUGAUUACGUUGACAAUCUUGGAGAUAAAAUAUCAUGUUUUAUGAAGGCUGGAAGUCCUAGUAAUGUACAUUGUGAAAAUGCCAACACUGAAUGUAUUUCUUUGGAGCAUGAGAUGGGGUUGAGCUCUGCCUCAGAAAGUGAAGAGCAUAUUUCUGGUGGUUCUGAGGCUUUAUCUUCCCAAGAAGUCUCACACAUGCUUGAAAGAAAAGUUAAUUCUGAAACAUCAGAGCCUUUAAGUGAAGAAAUGAAAGAAUCGUUAUGUGACAAAUCCCAGAUUCAUUCUUUAAGGGACGAAUUAUAUAAAUGUGGACUCUUUCCUGGCAAAUGGAUAAAAGUUUGGUUCGAUCGUCUGACCCUGUUGGCACUAUUGGACAGAACUGAAGAUGUUGGAGAAAAUGUCGUGGGUGUCUUAUUAGCCAUCCUUGUUUCUUUUCUCGGAUAUUUGGUUCUGAGUCAAGGACUUUUUAAAGACAUCUGGAUAUUGCAGUUCUGUAUAGUCAUAGCUAGUUGUCAAUAUUCACUUCUAAAGAGUGUACAACCAGAUCCUGCUUCACCUAUACAUGGAUACAAUAAAAUAAUUACUUACAGCAGACCAGUAUACUUUUGUAUAUUAUGUGGCCUUAUUUUGCUUUUUGAUGCUGGAGCCCAAACAACAAAUAUGCAUCUGCCCGUUUUUUAUGGCAUAUAUUUUUUUUCAUCGAAUUCUUUUGAAAUUUCCCGGGACAUUGUAAUUGUGCUAGUGCAUUGUUUUCCACUCAUUUCGCUAUUGGGACUUUUUCCUCAAAUCAACACAUUCAGCAUUUAUUUUAUGGAGCAAAUUGACAGACUAUUCUUUGGAGGUUCAGCUGCACUUGGAUUAGCAUCAGCAUUGUACGCUUUAUGCCGCAGUUUUCUGGCAGUAGGUACCCUUUAUGGGUUGUGCCUCAGUUCAGUAAAGGAGCCCUGGGAUAUUCGACACACCCCAUCACUUUUUUCUGCUUUUUGUGGUCUUUUAAUUGCACUUUCAUAUCAUUUAAGUCGACAAAGUAGUGAUCCAACGGUUCUAAUAUCUCUUAUCAAGUGUAAGUUGUUACUUAAAGUUUGUAAAGAGCAUUGCAAUAGUUCAGAACAAGAGCAAGAUGAUCCAUUACCAGAGAAGAUGCAAAGGUCACUGAAAGAAAUUCUGAAGUCUGAUCUCAUCAUCUGCAUCAUAGUUGCCAUUUUAUCAUAUGCAAUCAGUGCCAGUACUGUAUUUCUGUCGUUGAGGCCAUUCCUCAUUUAUGUAUUGUAUGGCCUAGCACUAACUGUUGGAUUAGUUAUACAUUACAUAAUUCCUCAGUUUCGAAAACAUCACCCAUGGCUAUGGAUUUCCCACCCAAUUCUUCAAAGUAAGGAACACAGAGAACGUGAAGUCCUUGAUGCGGCACAGUUAAUGUGGUUUGAAAAACUCUAUUUGUGGCUUCUGUGUUUUGAGAAAUAUUUUCUGUACCCUUCAAUAAUUUUGAAUGCUGUGACAGUUGAGGCCUAUUCAAUCAGCAAGUUCAAACGCUUUGGAAUACAUUAUGAUACACUUCUGAUAACGCUAGCUGGAAUUAAGCUCCUACGAUCUUCUUUUUGCAAUACCCUCCAUCAAUAUAUUAUUCUGGGAUUUACAUUAUUAUUUUUCCAGUUUGACUACAGAAGCAUUUCCGAAAGCUUUCUUAUUAACUUUUUUAUUAUGUCAAUUUUGUUUGACAAGCUCCGGGAUCUAAUGGACAAACUGCAGUAUGUCUUCACAUAUAUUGCCCCUUGGCAAAUUGCUUGGGGUUCAUCAUUCCAUGUUUUUGCCCAACUAUUAGCUGUACCUCACUCUGCUAUGCUUUUCCUCCAAACCCUUGCAACAUCAAUAUUUUCUACUCCACUGAGUCCAUUUCUUGGCAGUGUCAUUUUUAUUGCAUCAUACGCUAGACCGGUUAAAUUCUGGGAGAAGGACUACAACACAAAAAGAGUUGACCAUUCAAAUACCAGACUGGUGAAUCAAAUUGAAAAGGAUGCAGGCAAUGAUGACAAUAAUCUGAACUCAAUCUUUUAUGAACAUCUUACAAGAUCACUCCAGAAGUCCUUGUGUGGAGAUCUUGUUCUAGGAAGAUGGGGGAACUAUAGUUCUGGAGAUUGUUUUAUUUUGACAUCUGAUUAUUUGAAUGCAUUAGUUCAUCUGAUUGAAAUUGGAAAUGGUUUUGUCACAUUCCAGCUCAGAGGACUUGAAUUUAGAGGAACAUACUGUCAACAAAGAGAAGUUGAAGCCAUAACUGAGGGUAAUGAGGAAAAUGAAGAUUGUUGCUGCUGCAAGCCUGGACACUUACCUCAUAUGUUAUCCUGUAAUGCAGCAUUCAAUUUAAGGUGGCUGACUUGGGAAGUUACAAGAACCCGGUAUAUUCUGGAAGGCUACAAUGUUAUUGAUAAUAAUGCUGCAACCAUGUUGCAGGUAUUUGACCUGCGUAAAAUUCUCAUAAAAUAUUAUAUUAAGAGCAUAAUAUAUUUUACUUCAAGUUCCCCUAAGAUUAUGAAGUGGCUUAAAGAUGAAUCAAUACAGAAGGCUCUUCAACCAUUUACUAGAUGGCAUCAUGUUGAAAAUGAUCUUGCAAUGUUCAGCAUCAAUGUUGAUGAAGAUUAUAUACCUUGUCUGCAAGGUAUUACAAGAGCAAGCUUCUGCAGCGUAUAUCUGGAUUGGAUUCAGUUUUGUGCAAAUAAGGGGAAAAUGAAAGUGGCUUGUGAUGAAGAUUCCUCACUGAUAACUCUUUGUUUUGGGCUUCGCAUUUUGGGUCGAAGAGUCCUAGGAACAGCAGCCCAUCAUAUGUCUUUCAGCUUGGAUUCUUUUUUGCAUGGCCUUCAUACAUUGUUCAAGGGAGAUUUUCGAAUAGCUGCUCGAGAUGAAUGGGUAUUUGCUGAUAUGGACUUACUCCAUACAGUUGUUGCACCAGCAAUAAGAAUGUCCUUAAAGCUCCAUCAGGAUCAGUUUGCAUGUCCUGAAGAAUAUGAAGACUUCUCUGUACUCUUUGAUGCAAUUCAGCAGUUUGAAAAGAAAGUUGUCAUUUGUCAUGAAGGAGAUCCAGCUUGGCGUAAAGCUGUAUUAUCUAAUAGAGAAGAACUGCUGACUUUGCGGCAUGUUAUUGAUGAAGGGACUGAUGAAUACAAAGUAAUUAUGCUGAACAGAAGCUACCUCAGUUUUAAAGUUAUCAAGGUAAACAAGGAGUGUGUACGAGGACUGUGGGCUGGGCAGCAGCAGGAAUUGAUUUUUCUCCGUAAUCGUGAUCCUGAGAGAGGCAGCAUCCAGAACAAUAAGCAAGUUCUGAGGAAUCUUAUAAACUCAUCCUGUGACCAGCCUUUGGGUUAUCCAAUGUAUGUGUCUUCUUUGACUAUUUCUUACUUAGGGACUCAUGAACGUCUUCGAAAUAUGUGGGGGGAACCAAUAAGUUUCAACAGUAUAAGAACCUGGUUUCAGACAAAGUGGAUUAGGUUGAGAAAAGAAUGUGACACAAGCCAUCAUACUGGGGGCAACAUUGAAGAAAUGGAUUGCGGAGGUCAUUCAUCUUCAACUGAAAAUCAAUCUGCAAGCAAUAUUAAUCAAAGCAGCAGAAACCCAGAACAUAUUUGUAGUGAAAUGUUACAGAGGAACACUCUAGAUAUUCUUACCCAUGAAGCAAUAGGAAAAAGAAAACACAGGAGUCAGUCAGCUCAGACUCAUUCAUCUUUAUAUCAGAAGCCACCGGUUUCGAGCGUGUCUGGCCCUGACUUGGAAAAACUUGAUCCGUGUUUAGAGCAAUUUUCCUCCAACUACAAAAUUUCCAGAAGACUCUCUGCAAGUCGGCACUCUUUAAACAACUCAUCCUCUUCACCUUUUCAAUACAGUCCUGCAAUUUCUGUUGCUGCUCGGAGAAAUUUAAAUCAACAGACAAGUAGGAUCCAGCGGUCUAGCCAAGCUUCAUCCACAAGUUCGACAUUCAGUCUUUUGUUUGGGAAGAGAAGCUUUUCAAGUGCAUUAGUAAUUUCAGGAUUGUCAGCUGCUGAUGGAGACAACACAGCAGACACGCUGUCUUCUACUAGUGUGAACAUUGUUAUAUGCCCACAUUCCAAAGUGAACAAUCAAACCAAACAGAAACCCCAUGAAGAUGGUGAUACGCUUGAUACUAAAAUAGACCAAGGACCAUCAGAUCAAACUUUAGAGCCUCCUGUUUUUGAAUAAAAAAAAUGCAUGGAAGAAAACAUGAGAGAUUUCUUGUCCAAAUUGAAUGUAAUGUUUGCUUGUUAAAACGUAAAUAUGUCAAUAUCAUUGACAUGUUUUAUUUACAAUGAACAUUAGAGUUUACUAUAUUAAAUAAAUUGUGAUUUAAAAUUA